CCCCGUUCCAUAAUGGAUAACAUUGCUCACACGUGAGGAGUUUUACGUGACACGUCCUGUAGGGAUUAUAGGGUGUAAAUGCUGGAUCUUGCGGGUCACGGGUGGUGGCCUCUUUGCAACCCCAUUGGCAUGGUCUUCUGUGUCUUCCUUGCUGGCAUUCUGGCCAUGGUGUUUUUCUCCUUUCCCGAAACCAGAGAGCACCCGCUGGAUGAGAUUGGCGUCAUUGUCGACGGCGAGCCAGCCGCGCCGCGGGAAGCCUCCGGAAACCCGAGGAACAGGAGUGAGCAAACGCCUCUUAGAGUAAGUAGGAAGCACGAGCCAAGUGCAUUACGUCUAGACUCUAGAAGGGGUCGAGGCAUGCAGCGGUUGUGCCGUCCGGACUUUCCCGCGAAUGAGGGUUGACUGCUGAGGGUGUGCGCAGCAUCAACCCAUGGAACGGACGCCGCCGGAGUGUGCCAGGUGGAAGCUUAAAGACAGUGCCGCUGAAUGGUGAGAGAUAAGAUGCCCGCCUGAAACCUUGUCCACCCUUGUCUCUUCCCCUGACGCUAAACACCACCGGACAAAGGCCGAAAUGAUGCCGGCGGCGCUGGAGGAGGAGGGGCUCAGGCCUCCAGAGUCCAGGCAGCAAGAAAGCAGGCAAGCAACCCUACCCGCGAUAUCGGGGGUCCCCCAUUUCCCCCUCCAUUACCCAUCAACCCCAUCAGUAUCAAUUUUACCCCAGCUAAACAUCAAGCGGUGGACCUUGCAGCAUUCUCACGAUUCAAUUAACCGAGUCAGGAAUUCCUGCGUGGGAGAAGUGAGUCAGGAAGCCACGGUAAGAAGAGUU